AUGACUGAAUUCGAACCACUCGACAGCAUUACCAACGCCGAAUACACUUAUUCCUGGUCUGGCGGUCGCAGUAUUUCGUCGGACGCGAGCUUCCACAACGAGGCUGACAUGCCUCGGUCCCCUUCUUCCCCACGCGGGUGGUCGGGCCAGGCGUCUGUGGCAGUGAAUCACACAGGCCAAUUGUCACCCGUGAGCCCCGGUAUGGACCUCCGGGAUCCUGACAGCGAAGCGUCAUCAUCAGUGUUGAUGAGCCCGGUUACAGCCUCUCAUACGAACUCGUGGGGCACGAACAGCCUUGAGAAGCCAGGCCAUGAAGCCACCGCUCUCUGGACCCAGCAGCACGAGUGCGAUGGAAUCCCGAUGGUACCCAAGGUGGAGGUUGUCGACGAGUUCGACAUGAACCUUUUGAGCCAGUUACCAGCUGCGAAUGAGGAGCCUGAUGCGAGCCCUAAGAUCGAUGAGAUGAAGACAAAGCGUCCGAGGGGCCGUCCUCGGAAGCAUCCGCUUACCCCAGUCGCCAACACGAACAAGGUCACCAAGGGUCGGUCGAAAACGGGAUGUAUUACUUGCCGGAAGCGGAAGAAGAAGUGUGACGAAGCAAAGCCGAGGUGCAUGAAUUGCGAAAAGAAUGCCGUUGUGUGCGAGGGUUAUCACGAGAAGCAGAUCUGGAAGAGUGGGAAGGAGAAGGCUGAGGAAGCUCGACUCCGCAGGGAGAGCCUUCCUGUGAUAACCAUGCAGCCUCUGUUCCAUGCCGUAGAGACGACGGAAGAUAAGAUUUUCUGGAAACACUAUUGCAACCACCUUAGCAACGUCUUGACGGUGGAGGGCGAGCACAGAAAUGCCUUCAAAGACAUCGUUCUACAGAUCGCCACACGCCACAAAGGACUCAUGCAUUCUAUCCUGGCUCUGAGCGGCAAGCACAUUGACUACGGGACUCCCUAUGGCGCCAAGAUUCUCCAAGAUAAUACCGAUGUGACGGCCAAAUCCCUCCAGGACCGAGCAGAUUUCCACCACGAGGAGUCUAUGAAGUGUUUCUAUGAGGAUAUCUCGAGAUCGGGAGACAAAAACGACCCGGACCAUUCGAUGAUUCUUACAGCAAGAUACAGCCAGAUGUUGUGUCUCUUAUUGCAAACUUUGGUCGAAGGAAACCCACGAGGCGAGCACAGGGUGCAUCUGAAAGCUUACAAGAGUCUGAUUCAGCACUCGCCUCCCGAAGACCCGAAUUUCCUUGGCUUUAUUACGGAAUUCUUCGAGUAUCACAUCUUUGCCGACGAACUAGUGUCGUACCCUUCGAACUCUUACGGGCUGCACCACCACCACCACCACCACCACUGCGACCCUACGCUUAACUCGGCUGAGUGGUCUCCAGAGGUCCAUUUGCAUCCACCGCGGCUUAUUGGCGUUACCGAUGGACUGUUCGGCUACAUGAGGCGAAUUACUAGCAUUCGGAACACUAUCAGGGCUAACAUAAUCGCGAAUGCAGAGUCUGCGGUGGAUUAUGAGAGCCUUUAUCGCGCCGCCGACAUCGAGGCGGGCAUCAGGAAAUGGAUGCCGCAUUGGCCUCCAGGUGAUAGCAGGGAUAGGGUGUCGCUCCUUUACAAGCAGACGAUGUGGGUGUACCUGUUUAGGACUAUCUACCCGCCGAAUGACGGUACCCGUCUUCCUACGCCGUGGGUUCCAGGUCCGGAUGGAAUGGUGGAGUCGACAAACCACAAGACGCACGCACCACCUAGCCCAGUCUCGAGCAGCAUAGAUCCUCACAUGGGCGAGCUCCGGCGUCACUCUUGCCCGUCGCCCUCGAUGUCUACGUCGGAUUCCCACGACACGGCGACUUUGACGCGCCGGGCUUCGUCUCCGAGACCUGCAUCGACGCACAGCGAUGGCACAUUCGACAGGUUCCACCACCACGACGAGUCUCGCCUAUCUUCUCCUUCUUCACCGAUGCAGAACGCGCCAAUGCAAGACCCGCGUAUAACGCUAGCAAUCGAGCAGUCGCUUACCAUCAUUGAGAGUUUUAAGCCGUCCGACCCGGCGCAGACGUUGCUUCUCAUACCCUCCCUCGUGCUCGGCACGGCGUGUGUCAGCCCCGGGCAGCAGGAACGAAUCCGGGCGGCGGUCAAGUGUGUCAAGGGAUAUACAGGGCUGAGGAAUUGCAAUCUCGUGCUGGAGGUGUUGGAGGAGGUGUGGAGGCUCAUGGGGCGAGGGGAGUGGAUGAGCGUGUGGGACUGGCAGGGCGUUGCCAGAAGUGUGGGAUUGGACUUUUUGUGUUCGUAG